AUGAGGGAGGAAGACAUCAUGUAUGUUAAAGACAAACAGCUGUUUGGGGGAAAAGAAAGGGAUGCUGUAAGCAGUGUGGUAGUACCCAGGACUGGUCAUCCUGAGGGGGCAAAGCAGCAGAGGAGCAGGACUCACUCUGAACCCAUCCCUCUACAGAACCGCAUGGCCAUGUACCAAGCUGCAGUCUCAAAGCAGGACAUACUAGGCUCCUCCAACGGGGUCAUGAAGGAAACUGAUGUCUGCUCUGUGCCUGGGGGACUGGCCAGCAUUCGCAGACAGUUUGAGAGUGAAGAAAAGUCAUCCACUCGCACAGUUACACAGUUUCAGUACACACAGAGAUCUAUGCAGGUUUCACACCAGACUAUUCAGCAAGAAGUGGCCUCUAGUGUUGAAAACCAUCAUGAAGGAAAUGAAGAAGAGGAGUAUUAUCCAAAACUCUCAGCCAAAGAACUGGCACGGCAAUUUGAGAAAACCAUUGAGGAAGCUGCUCCAAGUAAAAAACAUAAGAUUGAACAUAAAGUCAACCAUUCCCAGCAGGCCUUGGAUGUAAACAUAUCCCAUCAGGUCUUUAUGGGGGACAUGUCUCUCCAAUCAAACACAGUAGGAGCUUCAGGAACAGAUUCAGGGCAUUUAGAACUUGAACCAUUUGAUAAUGAUGAAGACCUGGAUUACUUACCACCUCCACCACCAGACUUACUGGAGGAUUUCUUUGAAGACACAAGUUUUCCAGAGCCCCCUGAAACACCACCCCCAAAGAAGCACAUAAUUCACAAAGAUCAAUAUAAUAAACAGCGAGAACUACUUGAAGUAAAGCGUCUGUGCAAGCACAUUCACCCUGAUUUUAGGAAAGAGCUUGUGCAAGAUUUACAUAACGAGGUAAAUGAGAUGGACACGGAUGAAGAGUUGGUAGGUGAAGUUCAGGAUGCCAUUCACCAGUUUGAACACACUAGUAGCAGCCCUACCAGGAGCCUAGAGAGAGAAUAUCUGGAAUGGGAUGAAAUCCUAAGAGGAGAGGUACAGUCUAUGCGCUGGAUGUUUGAGAAUAAACCUCUUGACUGCAUUAAAAAAUUUUCAGAUGAUGAUGAGGAGGAAAGCAAAAAUGUAGUUCAACAAGAAAUUAUAGCUGGAGGUGAUGUUAAAAACACUGCUCUUUUGUUUGAGCCCAUGUUAGAGCUAGACCCUAUUUCCCCUACAAAGAAAGCUUCUUACAGUGAAAUAGGUAAAAAAGAUGUUCGGACAGCAGCCUGGUUAUUUGAAACGAAGCCGAUGGACUCAUUAAAUAAGAUGCAUGAUGAUGGUGAGCAAACCAAAGAGGUUGUCUUCACACAAGAAGCAAUGCAUGGUAAUGUGAAAUCUAUGCAGUACAUGUUCGAAAAUCAGGGAAUAAAUUCUGAUACUGAAACCAUGGAUGAAAAUCACCUCCUAAGUCUGAAAUCUGUCAUGGAAGAGAUUAAAGGUAAUGUGAAGAUAACUGUCUGGCACUUUGAGACACAGUGCAUGUGUGUUUUACGGGAGCACUCAGGUCAAAUAGUGGAAAUUACCUGUGUUCGGCGUGAAGAGACAGAGAAAGGUGAUAUCAAAACAUCACGAUGGCUUUUUGAGACACAGCCUUUUGACAAAAUCAGCAAAGACCUUUCCGAAGUUCGGCUCAUCUCCAGUAUUUCGUUGGAAGACAGCAUUAAAGGUGAUGUAAAAAGAGGAAGAUGGUUAUUUGAAACAGAAAAGCUAAGCUCUUCAAAUGAAGAGUGGGAAAAGGUGCUUAGACAACAGAAAGAGGAGAUUCUUGGGGCUGACGUUCGCAAACAAUGUAUGGUAUUUGAGACUCAGCCCAUGGAUACUCUAAAAGAUGACUCUAACUCUAGACCCAUCAUGACUGAAAUCCUUGGUGGUGAUGUACAAACAGUAAAACAUUUAUUUGAAACAGCACCAUUAGAAGAAUUAAAAGAACUGCCAGAGGUGGGGAAGCUGAAGAAAAGAAAAAUAGUGGCUUUAGAAGAAGAGAAAGGUGAUGUAAAACAUCAAAAAUGGCUUUUUGAAAACCAGAAACUCGAAGAUAUCCAAGAGGAAAAGAAGGAAGUAAAGAAAAUUAUUAACAUUGAACAGUCAGAUGAAGAAAGCUACAAAGGUGAUGUGAGGGGGAAUUGCUGGGUAUUUGAGACCCAGCCUAUGGACACAUUAAAAGACUUUUCAAAUGCCAGAUCUUUGAACACUGAAGAAAUUGUUGGAGGGGAUGUUCAAAGUGCCAGACAUUUUUUUGAAACUGUUCCACAAGAUGAGUUGAAGGAACUUGCUGAAGUAGGGAAACUAAAAAAAUGGAUGACAACUGAAGAGGAGAGGGGUGAUGUUCAGCACAAGAAACUGGUUUUCGAAAGUCAGCCACUAGAACAAAUUAGGGAUGAGAAAAGAGAAAUAACUAAAACAGUGAAUGUAGAGGAUAUUGAAAAAGUGGAUGUAACAAAUUACAUGCAAAUCUUUGAAACAUAUGAUAUGAGCAGAUAUGAUGAAAGUCAAAAGAUUCAAGUUGAAGGUGUGACUAAAGGCUCUGUACAAUCCAACAAAGAGCGUUUUGAAUCUUCACCAGUUUAUGCCAUGCAGGAUAGCUCAGGCCACUUUCAUGAAGUGAAAACUGUGUGCCGUGAAGAGAUUGUGAAAGGAGAUGUGAAAACCUGUAAGUGGAUGUUUGAAACCUGCCCUAUUGACCAGUUUGAUGAAAGUAUAAGCAAGUACCAAGUCAUUAAAGGGAUUACUCAGCAAGAGGUCGAAACAGGUACAGUCAAAACAGCUAAAUGGCUUUUUGAAACACAGCCUCUUGAUGCCAUCAAGUACUUCAGCAACAUUGAAGAUGAAGAGUGUGUUAUUAAAGAGACAAGUGAUAUAGUGAAAGGUGAUGUAAAGACCUGUAAAUGGCUAUUCGAGACCAAACCGAUGGAUGCGCUGUAUGAAAAGACUGAGCUCAAUAGUGAAAAUGGAAAUGCAGAGGUUCAUAAAGGUGACGUUAAAACCUGCACCUGGCUUUUUGAAACUCAAGCGCUUGAUACCAUCCGAGAUGAGUCUGAGAAUGUAUUGCAGGCAUGCACUGUAAAACAAGAAGACAUUCAUGGAAAAGAUGUGCGCACAGCUUGCUUCCUCUUCGAAACCGAGAAUAUUGAAAACAUCACUGGAGAGGACUUAUGCACUUUAAAGCAGGUAACUGGGAUUGAUAUUCAGUCUGGAGACGUAUCACGAAUGAAAUACAUAUUUGAGAACCAGUCUUCUGAUGUCAUGACCUCCACCUCGGAGGAAUUCAUGCAGCAGCUGAGGUCAGACCAGGCUGAGGACAUUAAAAAAGGAAAUGUAGGAGACUGCAAAUGGCUAUUUGAAAACCAUCCAAUAGAUACAAUCAAUGAGAAGCCAAAUGAAGUACAGGAGAUGCGCACUGUAACUGACAUCCAGGGAGGUAAUGUGGAUAAGGGCCGAUUCGUUUUCGAGACCUGCUCCUUGGAUAAAAUCCAAGAGAUCUCUUCUGAGUCAGAGGUGAAAAAACUACAGAGAAUAACCUGUGAGGAUGAAGAGAAAGGAGAUGUUAAAAAUUACACAAUGAUGUUUGAAACUCAGCCACUUUAUGCCAUCCAGGACAAAGACGGAUAUUACCAUGAAGUGACCACACUUACCAAAGAAGAGAUACUGAAAGGGGAUGUAGUAGGAGCACAGUGGUUAUUUGAAACGAAGCCGCUUGAUUCCUUUAGAGAUACUGAUGAAGUCUACCUAAUCAAAGCAGUUACUGAAGAAGAUGUUAUAAAAGGUGAUGUCAAUUCUGCUAGAUGGAAAUUUGAAACCCAACCUCUUGACAAAAUUACUGAUCACAGUCAAAUCAUUGCCAAAACUGUGAAAGACAUUGAAGGGGGUGAUGUCAAGGCAAACAGAGAGCGCUUUGAAUCUGACUUGAUGUCACAGAAGUUAGUCCGUACUGUUAGCAUGAGUGAGAUUUAUAAGGGCGAUGUUAGGGCAGCUAAGUGGAUGUUUGAGACUCGCACCAUUGAUCAGAUCCAUGGGGAAAACUUAGAAAACCAGAUGGAGACAGUUGUUGUGGAAGAACAGGUCAAAGGAGAUGUAAAACAAUCUGUGUGGUUGUUUGAGAAAAAUCCACUCAAUAGCAUCAACGAAAAUGGGGAGCCUAAGCAGCUCAUCCGUGAAGAGAUACCCAAGGGAGAUGUGAAAACAACAACUUGGCUUUUUGAAACUACUCCAUUUUCUGACUUCAGUGCAAACAGUGAAGUGAAAACUGAUAUCACUGGUAAAAGUAUAAAAGAAACUCUUAAUGAGCUAUACAGUCACAGAAUGGUAGAAUCCAAAGGGAUUAUAAUAGAGACUGAUGAGAUCGGGGAUGUGCGCAUGGCUAAGUAUAAUCUAAUGAAUAAAGAGCCCCCUGAGAUUCAGAAGGAAGAAAUCAUCAAAGGAGACUUGCAGAACAUCAUGAUGAAUCUCCUCAGCAGGCAAGAGACAAAAGAAAAAGGAAUUGUUAUCAGUGCACAGGAAAGAGGAAAUAUCGGUAGCACUGUAGAACAGCUGUUCAACCAGGAGUCUAGCAUUAAUGUAGAAAAAGAGGAAAUUAUUCAAGGUGACAUUCAAGAAGCCAUAAACAACCUACUAAAGGAAGAGAGCAUGGGCAAGCAUGGCAUUCUUGUUCAGGAGGAUGAAAAAGGAGAUGUUUGCCUGACUAUCUAUUCUCUUUUAAAUAAACAAGAGAACGCCAGUAUUGAAAAAGAGGAUGUGAUCAAAGGGAAUGUGAAAGGCUGUCUAGAAAAACUUUAUAAUCCUGACGCAGAAGAAGUUGUUAAAAUUAAGAUAGAUGACACAGAAAAGGGAAAUGUAAACUUUUAUUCAACUUGCAUUGAGUCAGGGGCUCUGGAUUAUCUGAAACAGCUACAAACAGAACCUGAUGAGAUAGAAAUAAAUAAGCAAGAAAAGGAGGACAUUUUGGUUGGUGAUAUUAGAGGAACAAAACAAAGCCUUAUGCACAAUCAGGCUCAAAUCUGUCGUCUUGUAGAUAAGGAACAUAUUGUGCCAGGGGAUGUCUUCAAUGCAGUCAAAGUUUUCAUGACAGAGCCUUCAAAUGAACAUUUCCAUAAAGAGGAAAUAGUAGGAGGUGAUUUAAAAGCCACUCUGAACUCACUGACACAGUCUAUAAAUCAGUCUGUUGUUCUGGAGAAAGAGGAGAUUGUAAAAGGUGACAUAUCCACUGCCCUCAAGUCUCUUCAAGAUGCCCAAGUGCAUCCUAAAGAGGUAGAAAAGUCUGAAAUCAUCCCUGGCAACAUUAAAGGUGCAUUGAAAUCACUGAAAGACUUGGCUACUGCUAAAGUUGAAAUUGUUAUUGAAGAUUUAGUUCCAGGUGAUAUUAAAGGCACAUUAAAAUCUCUGGAGGAUGCCAAACAUGCAGUGAAGGAGAUAGAGAAAGCUGAAAUUUUAAAGGGUGACGUUAAUUCAGCCUUGCAAAGUCUAAAAGAGGCUUCUAAUGAGCGAAAGCUUUACCAGCAAGAGGUAGAAGUCCAGGGAAAUGUAAAAGGGGCAAUUCAGCUGCUACUAGAACCUCCUUCAACUCCCAAAAUGCAACGCAGGGCCAGCACAGAGGGUGACGUGAAGCUGUCAAUUAAAUCACUGUAUGAGACAGAAGAGCAAUCGCAGUCUGAGAAAGAAGAGGUGAUAAAAGGGGAUGUUAAAGGUACAAUAAAAUGCUUGCUAGAGACAGCACAACGAGCAAGCCCAACGAUUCCCAGAAAAGAACCUAUAAGAAAAAUGAAGGUUUCCAAAGCAAAAAUACAGUCUUCUUCACAUAAAGAUGAUCAGACACCUACCACACCAGUGAGGAAUUUAAACAAAACAAGUAAGGCCAAAUCAAUGCAAAGUAAAUCUCAAAAGAAAAAUACACUCAUCAAUCAAAACACACCUAAUACGCAGGAUUUAAAUACCACUGUGCUGGAACACAAAACAAUAUUACAGACUCAUGAGGUUAAAACUUUAAAGACUGAAUUUCGCAACCUCAAGACAAACCUUAAAGGUAUGAUAAAAUCAGAUAAAACCAAAGAGGUUCCUGCACUAUCUCUCCAAGCUCCUGUGCCUGAGCCUGACUUUCCUGCUCCUCCAACUCCUCCUCCAGAUUAUGAUAGCUUUUUCUUUCCUACCCCUCCUCCCAUUAUCCAUGGUGAUAAUGACCUUCCUCCACCACCUAGUCCUCUUCUUUGUGACUCGAUAAAAUCAGAUCCUGAACAUUUACCUCCCCCUCCUACUCCACCACCUCCUCCUGCAACUGAACAAGAGUUCCUUCCCCCUCCUCCAACUCAGAUGGAGCUAGACCUCAUUCCCAAUAUAACACCAACAAAGCCUAGCAAAAUGACAGUAAAACCAGUCAAAGCUCCGGUUCUAUGUAAAGUGCCAAAGCUGGAACCGGUCAUAUAUCUUGAUAAUAUGGAAAUGCAUUCCAAAUCAGCUCCGCAAGAACCUACAAAAAAUGAAACUGUGAAAAAAAUCAGUGUAGAACAGACAGAAUGUAUAGUUUCAUUGGUCCCAUCUACUCUGGUUUCAUCUGAGAUCCAAUCAUCUAUUUCAGUGAAGCCACCUGAGUCCCCACAUCCUGCCUUAGGUCUCAUUCCUCCGGAUUCAUCACCGACACCAUCUCUGAUAAGUAAGUUCAAAACUCCAUUAAUUAAAGCUGAGCAAAAAUACAGACAUCAACAAAAGGAGAGCCACACUUCAUCCAGCUCACCAGCUUUUGAAAUUGACAUGCAUGAGUCUGUCAGUACAGCCCUUGAAAUGCUUUCCUCAGGAGGCAAGAGCACUGUACAUUCUGAAAAGGGCAUACCAUUUGAUUUCCCUCAAGAGAAAACAGAAAAUAAUGUGACUAAAUUAACAUCAGACUCAGAGGUAUAUGAUUCAUCCAAGAAUGCAACACAUUUAGAAGCUCCACCAAGCAACCCUUUAAUCUCUACCACAAAUAAAAAAUCUCCUUCUGAAUCUGUGCUUAUUUCCUCAGAUAAACAACCCAUAAUCUCUAAUCAGACAUCUCAAAGCUCUUUGGUUCAACAUCAGACCACAUCUACCACAUCUAAAAAGAGGAAAAAAUAUCGAUCCUUGACGACUAGUAUUCAGCAAGUGACCUCUACUUCUGUUAAACAGACAGAGAUGGUUAUCAGCAACUCUGCUCAGGUAACUGCAAAUGUGCUUGCACAAGGUGCAACUGUCUCUACAGAUGAUUCUGUGAGCAGUGCAAUUGGGAUAGAAAGUGUCCAGAAACAGAUUGUAAAUAAUAGUUUGGCUCAAAAAUCUGCAGUCCAAGAAAGUAAGAAAAUUCCUGCAAAAUCAGGGCAGAAAAAGACAUCUCUUGAUCAGGGCAGCUCCGCACAGUUAACAAUGGACACUGAUAUUAAAGAAGCUGAGCAAAAGGUUCAGAAAGCAAAAAAAGUCCGAAAGAAAGAUGAGGGCACUGAAAAAAAGCCAGCAGCUCAAAAUCAAGUGGUAAAGGUGGCACCAGAAAAUGUUCAGGUGACAGAGAACAGAGAGAGGAAAGUUACAGAGACAGAGAUUAAAGUAGAAAAACAAAACACACAAAAGCAGGCUGAGGAUGGUCUUGCCUCUCCAAAGAAAAAGAAGAGAGCUAAAUCCAAGAAAGAUAAGGACACAGCUCAACAAGCCCAGGGGCAAACACAAUGCAAUAGCACUCUUCCCCUGCCUGCCCUCUCCUCAGAGGUAAAAUCUCCAGUUUUGACAUCUAAUCAGAAACAAGAGCAAUCUGCAGUGGUGCAGGCCCACAAAACCAUUCAAGGAGAACACAUUGUGGUCCACAAAGAGAGCACCAUUACAGAGAGUAAAGUUCAGCAAAGUUUGCUGCAACAGGGCACUAUGGUAAAGACUCAGAAACAGGCCAAGAUCUCUCUGAAAAAAAACCAAGCUGACAGCCAACAGAAAUCUAAAGAUGAAAGCAUAAAUGUGACAGGGAAGCUGACACAAAAGACUUCUACGACUUUGACAGAGAGCACAGAGGCAUUACAAAGAUGGGCAGAAGCUCAGAAGUUGCUGUCUUAUAUCUCAGAGUUACAGGAAGUCACAGAAAAUAUGGACUCUAAGAGUGUGAAGACAUUACUCAAUGAAAUCCCAGAGUGGUUUAUUGAACCAGAGGAAAAGAAUAGCUUGGUAAAAGCUGUAGAGGAAAAUAAUUUGGAGAAGCUAAAAACAAUUGUAGCUCAUGUACAAAAUCUCGUUCAAGAAAAGGUAAUGGAUGUUGAAAAUAUUGUCACAACUACUGAAAAACAUGAAUGUGAACCUACAUCUGAAAAAAUGCAUUCAGGCAAGAUUUCAAAAAUCACUAUAGACUCCAAAAAAGUUGAAAAGAAAGCAGAGGGGAAAAAAAAUACUCGUGAAAGUCGUAAGCAACAAGGCAAAAAUCCUCUUGAUCCCAGAUCACCAUCACCUUCAUUAAAAAUGCGCUCACCUUCACCCACAUUUAUUACCAUUGAAUCGAAAAGAAGAAGUGAAUCACCACAGAAAAUAGUGCCAUCACCUUCACCAAAUCCACCUACUCCUCCGCCACGCCGGUCCGAAACACCUACGUCACGUUUAAUAAGAGCUUCUCCAUCACCAACUCUAGAUAGAGCCAGCAGUCUAACAAGGCUCAGAGAAGCAACAGCUAAACUUUCUCGUGGACCUUCACCUGAUCCUGCACAUCAUCCUGCGCCAGUCACUGAGAAAAAGUUUGAGAGUGUGGAAAUUCCAUCCACAUUUUAUUGUCAUAUUAUUGCUGACUCUAAGCCUGCUGAGGAUGGAAGGAUUUUAAAACAGCGCAAAGACUCUGAAUGUUCAGAAGAAGUGGUUAAACUUUCUCGCGGACCUUCUCCUAAUCUUGCACAUCAUCCUGUGUCAGUCACUAUGAAGAAGUCUGAGAUUGUGGAAAUUCCAUCCAUAUUUCAUUCUCAAGUCAAAAGUGAUUCUAAGUCUGCUGAGGACAGAAGGACCCUAAAAGAGCAUAAAGACUCUAAAUGUUCAGAGGAAGCUGUGUCCAAAAAGGAGACAUCAAUUCGGCAGCGGGUUCAGGAAGUACAGAAAGACACCAUUUACAUCCCUGAGAAGUUAGGGCUGAAUAUGGAGGAAAGUGAAAGUCAAGUACCAGAGAACAAAGAAGACUUACUAGAGGUUGACUUUUCUGCAUUGGUCAAAAAAUUUGAGAGCCCAGAUGCAAAGAUAGACAUUAGGAAAGAACCUACUGAUGCCCUAGCACAAUUUCGCAUUGAAAGCAAAGCCCUGGCUAGACAAGACCAGGCAAAGAAUAACAACAAGUUUGUAAAAGACAAUUUUGAAAUGACUGAGCAAAGCUCCUCUGUAAAAGUAGAGAGAAACAAACAGAAAGUGCAGAUGUCAAGAGUAAGCAAAGUCACACCUCAAGAUUCAAAGCUUGAACCUGAACAGACAGACGGGGAGAUCUCUGAA